GAAAUCUCACCAUCCUUUGGAUAUUUAGCAAACUUUGAAAAGUAGGAUCUUCCGAACAAUAAGACGGAAAUGGCUGCUCGGACAUCUGAGGUUCCCAGCUGCACUCACCCUCUUUGUUUGCAGGUCAGGCUGCGGACUCUUCACUUCCCAGCCUCCAGUCACAGCAGUCACAGAUGGAGUCUCUCAUAGUCUUCCUGUUCGUGAUUUCUUGCUCUGUAGCUCUGCAGCAGGAUGUGCAGGCGAAGUUUGGAGAGGACGUCACUCUCCAGUGUCAGAUUACUACAGAUGAAAGAAUCUCAGUGGUAAAGUGGAGCAGACCUGACCUGAACACAGACGGCUACGUCUACUUCUACAGGAACAAACGCUUCUAUGAAAACUACCAACAUCCAUCUUUUCAUGGCCGAGUGAAGCUGAGGCACCCGGAGAUGAAGGAUGGAGACGUUUCUAUAAUCCUGAAGAACGUCACGUUUAAUGACACUGGGAUGUAUGAGUGUCACAUAGCUGUGAGGAACCCUGUGAGAAGUAAAAGAGCUCACACUGAGAUCAGUCUCUUCAUUGACCUCACAGUCACAGGUGAAACAGAUGAAAAGUUGUUGCAGCAGCAACUCGUGGAAAGUGAAGCUGGAAACGUGCAGGAUGUGGGAGAUGUAGUAACUCCGACUGUUAAAAUGGUUGUUUGUUUUGUUGUGGUUGCUGUUAUUGUUGUUGGUUUUCUGACAUUAUUCAUAUUUAAAAGAAAUAAGAAGCAGCUUCCAGUCCAGAGUAAUACAGAGGAAGUCGAUUUAACAUGUCCAGAAAUAUAAUUUUAUAAAAAGAAAAUUUACAGAUUUCAUCGAUAGCAGCUUUGCCAGGAGGCUAAGCAACAUGGACUUCUAGUUUAAAAGUGAAAAAUAGGAAAUAACAAACUGUUCUGUGGUUAUCAAAAACAUAACAGCUCUGCAACUAACUUACUUAACUUAGCCCAUGACUUGGGGUGAGGUUGACGAGGCAGACUGGGAUCAGAAUUGGGAUUCACAAGUUCUGGAAAUGAACAGAAAAUAAACAUAAUAAAAUAAAAAGAAAAUUCUGAAAAAAAGACUUGUUACAACAAACAAGUUACAAUAACUUGUUUGUUGUUUGUGUACUGUCAUCAGUCUGUGUUUGAUGUUGAUCCAGGAUAAUGUGAACCAACAAUCCUUGUAUCCUCACGCAAGUUUGCACAAAGUCGUAUGGUGCUGUUUAAUAACAAAUGUGUUGUUAAACAAGUGGUCACCUGCUGCUGUUAGCUCUUUUGAUCUUUUUUUUGUAAACGCUGUAUACUGGUUUGUUCUGGUUUCUUUCGGUCUGUUGUGUAGUACUGUUCAUCUGCCCAAAUUACCAGUAUGGGGUUCAGAAAUGUCUUGGCCAUCAAAUUAUUAAUUAAUAAUUAUGUUUUUAAUAAAAAAGAAUAAAAACUGAAA